CUCUUGAGCUCUUUGUGUGUUUUGUUUUCCAGGCUGGCAGGAAGGAAAGGAGUGAUGCCCUGAAUUCUGCCAUUGAUAAAAUGACCAAGAAAACCAGAGACCUGCGCAGGCAGCUCCGCAAAGCUGUUAUGGACCAUGUUUCAGAUUCUUUUCUGGAAACAAAUGUUCCUCUUUUAGUAUUGAUUGAAGCUGCCAAGAAUGGGAAUGAAAAAGAAGUUAAAGAAUAUGCCCAGGUUUUCCGUGAACAUGCCAACAAAUUGAUUGAGGUUGCCAACCUGGCCUGCUCCAUCUCCAACAACGAGGAAGGUGUGAAAUUGGUUCGCAUGUCANNNNUACGUUUUAAAAGUGGUGUUUUACAGGUCAUCAACGCUGCUCUGGCUCUGGCUGCUAAACCCCAAAGCAAACUGGCUCAAGAAAACAUGGAUCUGUUCAAGGAGCAGUGGGAGAGGCAGGUCCGUGUGCUGACAGAUGCUGUGGAUGACAUCACCUCCAUCGACGACUUCCUGGCUGUGUCAGAGAACCACAUUUUAGAAGAUGUGAACAAAUGCGUGAUUGCUCUCCAAGAAAAGGACGUGGAUGGCUUAGACCGCACGGCCGGCGCCAUCCGCGGCCGCGCCGCCCGCGUCAUCCACGUGGUCACCUCGGAGAUGGACAACUACGAGCCUGGGGUGUACACUGAGAAGGUGCUGGAAGCCACCAAGCUGCUGUCCAACACAGUCAUGCCCCGCUUCACGGAGCAAGUGGAGGCUGCGGUGGAAGCGCUGAGCUCCGACCCUGCCCAGCCCAUGGACGAGAACGAGUUCAUCGACGCCUCGCGCCUGGUGUACGACGGCAUCCGCGACAUCAGGAAAGCCGUGCUCAUGAUCCGGACUCCUGAAGAGUUGGAUGAUUCUGACUUUGAGACCGAGGAUUUCGACGUCCGAAGCAGAACCAGCAUCCAGACUGAGGAUGAUCAGCUCAUUGCUGGCCAGAGUGCCAGGGCUAUCAUGGCUCAGCUGCCUCAGGAGCAGAAAGCCAAGAUUGCUGAGCAGGUGGCCAGCUUCCAGGAGGAGAAGAGUAAAUUGGAUGCUGAAGUGUCCAAGUGGGAUGACAGUGGCAAUGACAUCAUUGUCCUGGCCAAGCAGAUGUGCAUGAUCAUGAUGGAGAUGACAGAUUUCACCAGGGGCAAAGGCCCACUGAAGAACACGUCAGAUGUGAUCAGUGCAGCCAAGAAAAUUGCAGAGGCUGGCUCCAGGAUGGACAAGCUGGGCAGGACCAUUGCUGACCACUGCCCAGACUCAGCCUGCAAGCAGGACCUGCUGGCGUACCUGCAGCGCAUCGCGCUCUACUGCCACCAGCUCAACAUCUGCAGCAAGGUGAAGGCCGAGGUGCAGAACCUGGGUGGGGAGCUCGUGGUCUCUGGGGUGGACAGUGCCAUGUCCCUGAUCCAGGCAGCCAAGAACCUGAUGAACGCCGUGGUGCAGACGGUCAAGGCUUCCUACGUGGCCUCCACCAAGUACCAGAAGUCCCAGGGCAUGGCCUCCCUCAACCUCCCAGCUGUCUCCUGGAAGAUGAAGGCUCCAGAGAAGAAACCCCUGGUCAAGAGGGAGAAACAGGACGAGACCCAGACCAAAAUCAAGAGGGCAUCCCAGAAGAAGCACGUGAACCCCGUGCAGGCCCUGAGCGAGUUCAAGGCCAUGGAGAGCAUCUAGAGGAGAGCUCUGUGCUCUCCAGGGGCUCUUUUUCUCUAGCCCACUACUGCUACUUCCAGAACUCUACUUUUAAUACCCUAAGG